GAACUGACGUCACAUGACCAAUACGACUUCUACUUCCGGUCUCCAGCUUCCUGCUUCUCCGCUGAAGUUCUUCUCAUGGGGGUUUCUGCGGCUCCUUAACAGAAGAAACUGAGUACCAGCAUCACUUCAUGGAUCAAACUUUUACACAGUCGACGGACACGUUUGGGACUCUAUGAUUCGACCCAAAACAACCAUAUUUAUCUUUCCUGGAGCUGCCAAAUCCUGAAACAUGGAGGACCCAAACAGACCUCAGCGUAAAAUGUCAACAGCAGGAGACAGCCUGUACAAAAUCCUGGGCCUGGAGAAAGGAGCAUCUGCAGAAGAAAUUAAGAAGGCAUACAGGAAACUGGCGUUGAGGCAUCACCCCGAUAAGAACCCAGACAACCCGGAAGCUGCUGACAAAUUCAAGGAGAUCAACAACGCCAACUCCAUCCUCAGUGACGAGAACAAACGGAAGAUCUACGACGAGUAUGGAUCCAUGGGGCUCUACGUGGCCGAGCAGUUCGGGGACGAGAGCGUCAAAUACUACUUCCUCAUGUCCAAGUGCUGGUUCAAGGCCCUGGUGGUGUGCUGCGGUAUUUUCACCUGCUGCUGCUGUUUAUGCUGCUGCUGUUUCUGCUGUGGGAAAUGCAAAUCCCCAGAAGACGGGGAGAACUUUGCCUACAUGGACCCUGAGGAUCUUGAGGCGGAGAUCAGAGAACAGGAUGCAGCAGGAGACCAUGUAAUAAUUAUUCAGCCGAGCUCUGACACCUCAGAUGGCGUCUUCACCUCUACAGGUGAGAAUGCACCGAUCGUGAUUCAGCCUCAUGCGACCAACGGCGCCUCGUGAACGGAGUGAGCGGAGUCCUGAUGGAACCACAUCGUGAUCGGCGGCUGCAUUGAUUUUUUUUUUUUGGAAAGAUGAUGAGUAUAAAUGAUGGGUUUGAAUGUGGCUGAAAUGCAGAAAACAUUAAUUUCAGAGAUGUUUUUGUCUUAAAUGAAUCAAGCAGCGAUUUGAUUGUGCCAUAUCUUUUUAUAUGUGCCAGUGGGUUUGUCUUUGAUCCAAUCUCAUAUUUAUUUAAAAAUUAUAUAUUUUUAAAUAUCGGGUUGCAUGAGGACUGCAGUGACAAAUGACAAAGCCAUGCAGAUCAAAGCUCUGGAAUCAUUUGUUUUUUUUAAUGUGCACUUUAAUAUCUUAAGUUCAUGUUUUAAAUCCUAAAGCUGCCACGACGGUCUGAGAAUAUUUGGGCUCUAGACGGCUCUUGGGUCAGAAAUGUUUAAAUAUAUAUUUUUUAAAUGGAAUAUAAUAUGCUGGUUCCCAAUUUUUAAGAGGCCAACCACUCAAACUUACGAGGUGUUCAGUCAGACUGCACAGAUAUACAUAUUGUAGAAACAACAGGUAAAGGGCUUAUUGAAACGAUGUACAGUUUAUUGAGACUAAAUCCAACCGUGUUGUUUGGACGUCGACUUGUGUUCACUGUUGUUCAUUUGGUCUGACGGCCUGUAAAUAGUUUAAUGAGUAUUCAUUUUUUUAGGAGUGAUGCUGACCGGCAUUAAAGGAGCAAUUCAACAUUUUGGGAGAAACGCUUAUUCAUUUUCCUUCUGAAAGUUAGACUCAAGACAUUUGUAUGAUUGCAUAGUUGCCUGUGUGAGGCCUUAAAAUAUCUGUUAAUUGACAUUAUAUCACCAUAUUCCUAAAGCUUGGUAAUGUAAGUGUCCAUAUUAGUUUGGAUUUUUCAGGCACUUUCAUGUUGUUAAGCACUAAUUGGAGUUUUUGUUUCAUAAUUAUCACUUGGCUUGACUUGAGCAGCAUUUACAACUCAGAAUCUGGUAGUUACAAAUAUCCCAGAAAUGACAUUAACGUGACAUGUUGUGGGUAGUUAGAACCCGGAGGUGAUUAGCCUAGCUUAGCAUAAAGACUGGAAGCAGGGGGAAAAGCUAGCCUGGUUUGAAAAUCUACCUCUAAUGCUACCUUUCUGUCGUCGCUAUAAGGUUUCAAGUUGGAGACGCCCUGCAAAGAAGAAGUGGGCGGAUGGAUACAUUGGUAUUUGUUAAGAAAUAGUUCCAGCAAACCACAGCUGGAUUACAUUUUACUAAUGAACAUGUAGUGUGUGGUUUGUUCGCAGGUUUUCAUAGGCAGAUUUUGUUACCUUUGGACAGAGUCAGGCUAACUGUUUCCAGUCUUUAUGCUAAGCUAGGCUAACUCCCUCCUGGCUCUGUACUACGCACAGACAUGAGAGAGGUAUUUAUCUACUCAUCUAAGGCUUGUAAAGAAAAUGAAUAAGUCUAUUUACCAAAAUGUUGAACAAGUUCUUUAAGAGAUGAAAGUUUAACUGUUGGUUACUUUGCUGCACCUGCAGCCUAAGAUGACCUCAAGAAAAAAACAAAACGUGGCGAAUACUUCUUAAGGUACUGCGAAAGCUCUUAUAAAACAUGUUUCCUCAAAAACACUUUUCUACACUUGAACCAACAACUUACUGAUUUAAUUCAUUGCCAAAUAUCACAUAUGGGUGAAUUUAAUCAGAUGAGUCGAGGCCUACUUUUAAAGACAGUGAUCUCUCUGUGGUGUUUGAGAUGAUUUAUUUCCUGAAUGUGCCAUAAAAUAGUUUUUAUGUAAAUGCAAAGGUGUAUUUUUGAUAUAUCCAUUCUAGGUUUUAUGACUAAUUGAGUGUAUAUUAAGAGAACGCCUUAAAUUAUCUUUUAUCAUGUUUGUAUUAUAUUUAGUUCUUCUGCUCGGUGUAGGAAUGUACAGUUUGUGCAUUUGGCACAAAUCUAAAUUGUAUAUGUGAAUUAUUUUUCGAAUUUGAAUCUUUCUCAGGUGACUUUCACAGUCAGUCCGUCUAGACUAUGUGUUUAUGUACAUUUUAAGCAAACCCAGAAAUGUAUGUAAAUUCAGUUAUACUUGAGAAAACUUCACAAAAGUGCCUAAAUAUAUUUUUGUCUGAUUUUAUUUUUCUUUCUUUUCUUCAGGUUUGAAUUAUUUCGAUCAAACUUUUAAAAUAAGAAAAAAAUAUAUAUAUUUAGUUUUAUCAUCUCAACAUUCCUAGGUAUUUUUUCCAGUCUUUUAACUUUUCCAUGUUUCCAAUAUGUUUGUUUCUGUAACAGUAAUAUUU